AUGAUGAGAAGAGGAGGAAAAUCCAUGAAGCAUACCCAAUGGCUGAGUCCGGUUGAUGAUGUGCGCAUUGUCAACGAAGCAUACAAGCUCACAUCCGAGGUAGAAUUCCCUGCUCUUAGUCUUCGCCAUCCCGAAAACAUCAUGGAAAACAACAUUCCUUGGCCAAAUCUUUAUGAUGUUCCAAGCCCGAAGGAAGUCUACGAGAGAUUCUCUCCUAUGGCGACUUUCGAAAAGAUGUUUAAGAAAAUGCUCCAGGAAGAGAGACUGAAAACGGUUUGA